AUGAACGACGCGGCGAAGGCGGCGUUGGAUGCGUCGGCGCGCGCGCGCGCGAGCGCGAGCGCGAGCGCGAGCGCGGGGCCGGUGGUGUACUGGUGCGACCGGGACAGGCGGUGCGCGAAUAACGACGCGCUGGGACGAGCGAUGGAAUUGGCGAACGAAAGGCGCGUCCCGCUCGUCGUGGCGAUGCACGUGGGGACAGAUUUGAGCGGGAGCGGCAUCGGAGGCGCGCGCAGGGCGGUGUUCGCGCUGAAGGGGUUGAAGGAAUUGGAUGAGGAUUUGCGAGCGCGAGGAGUGUCGACGCGAACGACGACGGGAAGCGACGUCGCGGGAGGAAUCGUGGAGACGUGCGAGACGCUGAAUGCGAGUGCGGUCGUGUGUGACUUUUCGCCGUUGCGAGAGGGGCGUGCGGCGAGGGAAGCGGUGGCGCGUGUGGUGGAGGUUCCGGUGAUUGAAGUGGACGCGCACAACGUCGUGCCGGCGUGGGUGACGAGCGAUAAGCAAGAGUACGCGGCGAGAACGAUUCGGCCGAAGAUUCAUCGAAAUCUCGGGGAUUUUCUCACCGCACCGCAAGCGUUAGAUGAUCUCAUCGCCGCGCCGGACGCGUUGACGCCAAGUGAGACGGAUUGGGACGCAUUGAUUGACACCGCGCGCGUCAAGGGCGCGCACGUCCCAGAGGUUGACUGGAUCAAACCGGGUGAACGUGCCGCCUUAGCCGCGCUGCUCGAUCCGAAUGUCGACUCUUUCCUCCCACAGCGAUUGACACUCUACGGGGAGCGAAACAAGCCGACGUCGCCGCGCGCCGUGUCUCGCCUCUCGCCGUACUUGAAUCACGGCCAGCUGUCGCCACGUCGCGCCGCGUGGGAAGCUGCGCAACUUCGGGGAAUCGUAGACGACGAGGCGAUCGAUAGCUACUUGGAAGAGCUCAUCGUUCGAAGGGAAUUAUCAGACAACUAUUGUCUCUUCAAUCCGUAUUACGACUCGUUGCAAGGAGCGAGUCAAUGGGCGCAAGAUUCACUGAGUUUGCACGCCCGCGACGUUCGCGAGUACGUGUACGAUUACAAAACACUCGAGCGUGGCAACACGCACGACGAGCUUUGGAACGCGGCUCAGAAAGAAUUAUACCAUCUCGGACGAAUGCAUGGGUUCAUGAGAAUGUACUGGGCGAAGAAGAUUCUUGAGUGGACGCCGUCGCCGGAGGUGGCCCUGCAGACGGCGAUUCAACUCAACGACGCUUACGCGUUAGACGGUCUCGAUCCCAACGGCUACGUUGGUUGUAUGUGGAGCAUUGCCGGUGUGCACGAUCAAGGAUGGAAAGAGCGCGCGGUGUUCGGUAAAGUGCGGUAUAUGAAUUACGCCGGUUGCAAGAGAAAGUUUCAAAUCCAAGAUUACGUAGCGGCGGUCGACGCUGAGAUAAGCGGAAUAGGUCGCAAAUAG